AUUCUUCCACCACAUUUGAAUAUUACAUUUCAUCAGCCAAUAUAUAUUCAUACACAGCUUAUAAAUUUUACUAUUUCAAUUAUCAUAGUAUAUAUUAAGUCUUCCUACAAAGAAAAAAAUUUGAGAGAAAUGACAACUACCUUUGGAAUAAUGGAGGUGAAUCUUGUUAGUGCUCGAGGUCUCAAAAACAAUGAAUUCUGGGGUGGUGGAAUAGAUCCAUAUGUUUUGCUUCAAUAUAGAGGUCAAGAACGCAAAAGCUCUACUGUUCGAGUAGGGCAAGGGAGUAAACCAGAAUGGAAUGAGAAGUUCACAUUCAAGAUAGAAUAUCCCUCAGUAGAUGGACAAUACAAGCUUAUACUUAAACUCAUGGAUCAUGAUACAUUUUCUGCUGAUGAUUAUCUUGGUGAAGCUACUAUCUACUUGAAGGAAUUUAUUGAAUUGGGAUUGGAGAAUGGAAAAGCUGAAAUUCAUCCUAAAAAAUAUAGUGUGGUGGGCAGUGAUCAAUGUUACUGUGGUGAAAUUCAAGUUGGCAUCACUUUUACCCCAAAGGCAACUCAAUAUGAGGAAGUUGAAUAUGGUGGAUGGAAAGAGAGUGAUGAGUACUCAUGAGUAACUACAGAAGUCGAUCUAGUUUUACGGAAAGAUCAUGAGUUCACGUGGACUGUAAUUCACCCUAUAAAUCCGUCCCCGAGUAGCUAGCUGGCUUGUUUUUACAUUUUAUGUCUGCGAACUUUGUGUUGUGAAUAGAGUAAAGUUACGUUGAAGAUCCUAACAUAUUGUUUUGUUACUAAAUGAAACAAUUAGGGAUGACAAACGAUGUGGGGUGGGUUAAGUCACAACCCGUGAAGAUUUAGCAUGUAAUUUAACUUUUGAGAAGUGAACAUGCCUGAUAAUUAUUUUUUUAAAGGUAAAAUAGUUUGGUGGA